CUCGCGGCCUCCCGCCCCCUCGGCACGGGCGCCCACCCGGCCUGGCCUGGCCUGGCCUGGCCCGGAGCCAUGAGCCCCGGGCUGCUGCUACUCGGCAGCGCCGUCCUGCUCGCCUUCGGCCUCUGCUGCACCUUCGUGCAUCGCGCUCGCAGCCGCUAUGAGCACAUCCCCGGGCCGCCGCGGCCCAGUUUCCUUCUAGGACACCUCCCCUACUUUUGGAAAAAGGACGAGGUUUGUGGCCGUGUGCUCCAAGAUGUGUUUUUGGAUUGGGCUAAGAAGUACGGACCUGUUGUGCGUGUCAACGUCUUCCACAAAACCUCUGUCAUCGUCACAAGCCCUGAGUCAGUCAAGAAGUUCCUGAUGUCAACCAAGUACAACAAGGACUCCAAGAUGUACCGCGCCAUCCAGACUGUGUUUGGUGAGAGACUAUUUGGCCAGGGCUUGGUGUCCGAAUGUGACUAUGAGCGUUGGCACAAGCAGCGGAGAGUCAUGGACCUGGCCUUCAGCCGGAGCUCCUUGGUCAGCUUGAUGGAGACAUUCAAUGAGAAGGCUGAGCAGCUGGUGGAGAUUCUAGAAGCCAAGGCAGACGGACAGACCCCAGUGUCCAUGCAGGACAUGCUGACCUAUGCUACCAUGGACAUCUUAGCCAAGGCAGCUUUUGGGAUGGAAACCAGCAUGCUGUUAGGUGCCCAGAAGCCCCUGUCCCAGGCCGUGAAGGUGAUGUUGGAGGGCAUCAGCGCGUCCCGCAACACUCUGGCCAAGUUCAUGCCAGGGAGGAGGAAGAAGCUCCAGGAGAUCCGGCAGAGCGUCCGCCUGCUCCGUCAGGUUGGCAAGGACUGGGUUCAGCGCCGCAGGGAGGCCCUGACUCGGGGGGAGAAGGUCCCCGCGGACAUCCUCACCCAGCUCCUCAAAGCUGAAGAGGGAGCCCAGGACGAUGAGGUUCUGCUGGACAACUUUGUCACCUUCUUCAUUGCUGGUCACGAGACUUCUGCCAACCACUUGGCCUUCACGGUGAUGGAGCUGUCUCGCCAGCCUGAGAUCGUGGCAAGGCUGCAGGCUGAGGUGGACGAGGUGGUUGGUUCCAAGAGGCACCUGGACUAUGAGGACCUGGGGAGACUGCAGUACUUGUCUCAGGUCCUCAAGGAGUCGCUGAGGCUGUACCCACCAGCGUGGGGCACCUUUCGCUUGCUGGAGGAGGAGACCUUGAUUGAUGGGGUCAGAGUCCCUGGCAACACUCCACUCUUGUUCAGCACCUACGUCAUGGGGCGGAUGGACACCUACUUUGAGGAUCCACUGACUUUCAACCCCGAUCGCUUCAGCCCUGGAGCCCCCAAGCCUCGCUUCACCUACUUCCCCUUCUCUCUGGGCCACCGCUCCUGCAUCGGGCAGCAGUUUGCUCAGAUGGAGGUCAAGGUGGUCAUGGCCAAGCUGCUGCAGAGGCUCGAGUUCCGGCUGGUGCCCGGGCAGCGCUUCGGGCUGCAGGAACAGGCCACGCUCAAGCCACUGGACCCUGUGCUCUGCACGCUGCGGCCUCGGGGCUGGCAGCCCGCGCCCCCACCCCCGCCCUGCUGACGGGGCUCUGGGCAGGAUGGGACUUCUCGGGCCAAGCCGCUUGCCUCCUCUGCUGCCCACGGCUGCCCACCUGUGCCCCUGCCCUGUCCCCUGGCACCCUCCAUGCUGGUUCCCAGGGGACCCUCUGCCACGCCUGCUUCUCACCCCUCACCCCACUGCUGUCCACAGCUCUUGGCCGGACUUGGGCCCUGAGUCCCCCCAGCUGCUGCCAGUGUUGCCCCUGCCUCCCAACCUCUGCACUGGCCACUCCCUCAGACGACACACCCUAACUCUUGCUCACUCCCUAAGAUCCUCUUCAAGUGUCACCUACCCUGAGAAGCCCUCUCUGCCACCCCCGGCCGGGCCAGGGGCCCCUCUUCUGUGCUCCCUCAGUCACCUGUGCUACCUCUAACACCACACUGACCACACUGUAUCGUGAGUGCCCGCUGAUGUGACCCACUGCCCUGCCAGGCUGCGAGUGCCUCGGGGGCAGGUUCUGUUGUGCUUCGCUCUGAGCCCCUGUGGCCACCCAGGGCCUGCACAGAGUCGAUGCCAAUAAACAUGUGUUGACUGCAUGAAUGAGCUGCCCUCUC